GGAGGGGAACCUUCCGGGCUGACGUUUGCAGUGUCCAAUGCGCGACCCUAUAACGGACCUGGGCCUCAACAUUUCGCGGCGAACCCUCAGCAAGUGCCGCACCACUACAGCCCACAGCCACCCAGCAGCUAUAACAACAACAACAACAACAACAACAACAAGCAACAGCAGCAACAUCAUGUACCACAGAGCCAUCCUCAUCCGGCCCCGCAGGCCAAUCGUACAUCUUCCACGUCUCCCAAGAGCCAGGAGGUGGAGGGAUCGGAUGAAGCUAAGUAG